AAAAUCUGCAGACAAUCCCAAUAGGACAGGUACUAUGGAGGAACCCAAGAGUUGAUUAUAAUUACUAGUCACAGGAGGAAAGAAGAGUACCACAGUGUUCAUGGUCCAUCAGAUGAUUCAGCUAUAUAAAAAUACUACAAUCCUGGGGCCACUUUUGAAGGAAAACUGGGAAGAGCACUCCUUAUAUUCAACAAUCCUGGAAGGGAAGAGGGUUCGGCAAAUGCUUGUAGAGGCUCCAAAGAGUGUGAUAGAGCGAUAUAUGAAGUGUCCUGGAAGUUUCAGAAUGGUGCGAGAAGGCGAAGAAGAGGCAUGGAUGGCAACUCAUAGAAUUGGUGAAACUGGCCUUUCUGAUUCUGGACCUUCAACUCGAUCUGUUUCUUAUGGAGUUCAUGGCACCAGUCUUGCCGCAUCUAAUUUCUUUGACCAAGAAGGAGCUGCUUAUUUUGGGGAGUUGGAGGAGGCUCUCAUGCAGGGAGUAGAUGGCAUAAGAGAAAUUGAAGAUAGAAAGUCUUUUUUUGGACCCAGGCCUGCAACACUUGAGAUCUUCCCAUCGUGGCCAAUGAGAUUCCAGCAAACCCCUAGAGGGAAGGCACAUUCCGCAAGGAGCACUGAUUCAGGCUCAGCUCAAAACACUCCAUCUCAUCCAGGAUCAGACUCUACAUCUAGCAGAAAGGAGACGCUGAUGAUGAUGAUGACAAGUGGUGCCUCCAUGACAGGAACAACGCCAACUCUUCAACCCACAUCCCAAGACAAGCCUCAAACUACUGCAAAGUACGGACGGUUCACUGAAAAGCCAACCUAUAACAGUCGUAUAAUGCCAAAACGGAUCCCUAUAAGAGCUGCCUCUUUGUCCCUUUUUACUGUCAUAAACUCGAGAAAGAUGACUGAUUCAACUAUAGAGAAACAUGGAAAGCAACUUGAUGCCAAGACACUAAGGCGCCUAGCUCAAAAUCGAGAGGCAGCAAGAAAGAGCCGACUAAAGAAAAAGGCUUACGUCCAACAACUGGAGUCCAGCAGACUUAGACUUAAGCAGCUAGAGCAAGAACUCCAGAGAGCAAGAUCACAGGGUCUCUUUUUAGGAGUAGCAGGCAGUUCAAAUGAAGCUAUCAGUCCCGGCGCGGCGAUGUUUGACAUGGAACAUGCUCGAUGGCUGGACGAGAACUGCAAGCUCAUGUCGGAGCUUCGAGGGGCGUUGCAGGCUCACCUUCCUGAAGCCAGUUUUACAGUAAUUGUAGAUCAAUGCAUCAUGAACUACGAUGAGCUCUUCCAACUGAAAGCUGAAGUCGCGAAAUCCGACGUUUUCCACCUCUUGAGUGGAUCAUGGACGACACCAGCAGAGCGCUCUUUCUUGUGGAUGGGUGGAUUUAGGCCCUCUGAGCUUCUCCAGAUACUGAUCCCUCAGUUGGAUCCGUCGACGGAGCAACAGUUGAUCUACAACCUGAAGCAAUCGUCACAGCAGGCGGAGGAGGCUCUCUCACAGGGCCUUGAGCAGCUUCACCAGUCUUUGGCGGACACUGUUGCCGGUGGUCCUCUCAGCGAUGGCGUAUACGUCGGGAAUUAUAUGGGCCACAUGGUCCUUGCACUAGAGAAGCUUGCCCACCUCGAAGGAUUCGUCCGCCAGGCUGAUAACUUGAGGCAAGAGACGUUGCACCAAUUGCGUCGGAUCUUAACGAGCAGACAAGCAGCAAGAUGCUUCGUCGCAAUCGGAGAGUACUAUACCCGUCUACGUGCUCUCAGCUCCCUGUGGGCUUCUCGGCCUCGGCAGAACUUGAUUGGAGAUGACAGUGUUGGCUCUUCGACAACAGACCUGCAAAUUGUUCAUCCAUCAAUGCAAGAUCAUUUUUCAGGCUUCUGAAAUAAGUACUCCUGAAACAUAUAGCAUGCAUGUUGUAUUAUGAUUGAAUUCUCAUGCAUACAGAGACUUCAGCAGAAAAGGCAAGAGCGAGGUGCUUCGAAGCCUCCUUUGGCAUUUCUUGUUAUAUAUGGCUGUUGAACUGGAAUAACUGUUAGCGACAAAAAGGCACUAAAAGAAUUGAUAUGCAUGUUUUUUCUAGGUA